AUGAUGCUUAUGUUGGAAAAAACGAUGCUGGAACACACUGAACGUGUGAAAUCAAUUGAUUUUCAUCCAUCUGAGAUGUGGCUUAUCACUUCUUUAUAUAAUGGAAAAGUUGUUAUAUGGAAUUAUGAAACAUCGGUCAGUAUUAAGACAUUUGAAGUGUCUACAGUUCCUAUACGUGCUGUCAAAUUUAUAUCUAGAAAAAAUUGGUUUGUAUGUGGAGCAGAUGAUUUUCAUCUUCGGAUUUACAAUUAUAAUACACUAGAAAAGGUCAAUCAGAUUGAAGCACAUACUGAUUAUAUACGUUGCAUUGCAGUUCACCCUACACAUCCUUUUGUUCUUACUGGGGGUGAUGAUAUGUUAAUUCGAUUGUGGGAUUGGGAGAAUUCUUGGAAAUGUUUAAGGGUUUUUGAGGGCCACGGGCACUAUGUAAUGGGUUUGGCAAUCAAUCCUAAAGAUACAAAUACAUUUGCUUCAUGUAAUUUAGAUAGGACAGUUAAAGUAUGGUCUUUAGGCUCGUCAUCACCUAAUUAUACACUUGAUGUUGGAGAAAGAGGUAUUAAUUAUGUCGAAUAUUAUCAUGCUGGGGAUAAACCGUUUCUUGUUACUGCCGGUGAUGACCAUAUGAUUAAGAUAUGGGAUUACCAAACGAAAUCAUGUGUUCAGACUUUAGAAGGGCAUUCAGAAAACGUUUCAUUUGCUUGUUUUUAUUCAGAACUUCCUAUUAUUAUUAGUGGUUCAGAAGACGGAACUAUUAGGAUCUGGAAUUCUAAUACAUAUAAACUUGAACAGACAUUUAAUUAUGGACUUGAAAGAGCGUGGUGUAUUGGUCAUCUUAAAGGAAGUAAUACAGUUGCUAUUGGUUAUGAUGGAGGUUUAGCUGUUUUAAAAAUAGGGAGAGAACAACCAGCCGUAAGUAUGGAUGCUUCAGGAAAAAUUAUAUGGGCAAAACAUAAUGAUAUUUAUUCAUUUGUUAUUAAGCCUAGUAAUGAUCAAGAAGAUUUUAAAGACGGAGUAAAGCUUACUCCUACUCAGCGCUAUUUAGGUUCUUGUGAAAUUUAUCCACAAUCUUUGCAGCAUUCUCCCAAUGGACGUUUCGUUGUUGUUUGUGGUGAUGGUGAAUAUAUUAUUUAUACUGCUCUUGCAUGGAGAAAUAAAGCAUUUGGGUCUGCACUUAAUUUUGUAUGGGCAUAUAACUCUAAUGAAUAUGCUAUAAGAGAGUCUUCAACAUGUAUUCGUGUAUAUAGGAACUUUAAAGAGAGGACCAAUCCUUUUUGUUGUGAAUUUCUAACAGACGGUAUCUAUGGAGGGCAGCUUCUUGGAAUUAAAGGACAUGGGUUUCUUGCUUUUUAUGAUUGGGAAACUUAUGAUUUCAUCAGGAAAAUUGAUGUUUCGCCAAAUGAGAUAUACUGGUCUGAAUCUGGGACAUUACUUACUCUUUCAUGUGAUGAUAUUUUUUAUAUAUUAAAGUUUAAUUAUGAUCUUUAUACUAAUGCAAUUGAAACCGGAAAUAUUAGUUCUGAAGAAGGUGUUGAAGAUGCAUUUGAAGUAAUUGUUGAUAUUUCUGAAUGUAUUAAAAGCGGAAAUUGGGUUGGCGAUUGCUUCAUUUAUUCUAAUUCAAUGAAUCGAGUGAAUUAUUUAGUUGGAAAUCAAGUAUAUAUUAUUAGUCACUUUGAUGGUAAUGUUUAUGUUUUGGGUUAUAUUCCUCGUGAUGGAAAACUUUAUUUUGUUGAUAAAGAUGUUCAUAUUAUUCCAUAUGAGCUAUCUUUAUCUGUUGUAGAAUAUCAAACGUUGAUAUUGCGUAACGAUAUGGAUGGUGCUGCAAAACUUUUGCCUAGUAUUCCUCAAAAUCAGUUGGCUAAAAUAGCAAGGUUUUUAGAUGGGCAAGGAUAUAAGGAUUUAGCAUUAAAUAUUACAACAGAUUUGGAACAGCGCUUUGAUUUAGCUAUUCAAUUACGUAAACUUGAUAUUGCUGUUGAAAUUGCUCAGAAGAUGAACCUUGAAUCUAAAUGGAAGACUAUAGGAGAUAUUUCUUUGUCAAGCUGGAACUUGUGCCUUGCCGAGGAAUGCUAUAUAAAAGCAAAAGAUUAUGGAAGCUUGCUUUUGUUAUACUCUUCAUUUGGAAAUAUUGAAAAAAUGAAAACACUUGCUAAUGAUGCUUUGGAUUCUGGACAAAGUAAUAUCGCAUUUACUGCUUUACUGCAAAUUCAAGAUGUUGAUGGCUGUACUGAUAUUUUUUUAAAUACAAAAAGGUUCCCUGAAGCAUGUCUUUUUGCUCGAACAUAUGCGCCAAGCCAAAUGAGAAAGGUUUUAAAGUUGUGGAAAGAGCAUUUAGAACAAAAAGGAAAGCAUAAACUUGCGAAUUUAGUUGUAACAUCCACAGAUGAUAUUAGUUUUUUUCCCGAUUUAGAAAAGACUUUAGACCUGGAAAAAGAAUUCAGGAAGUUAUCUUUUAGAGAUGAAGAAACUAGUUCUUAUACAAUUAAUGAUUCUAUUCAGAGAGAUUUAAGUCGUCCUCAAAGUUCAAAUUCAUCCGAAUAUCUUUCAAAUGCAGACUCAUGA